GAGUUGUGAUAUCAUCUUACUUUAAUUUAGAUACAAGGGAUAUUGUAGUAAAAGUAAUUAUAUGUUUACAUAACACGAGUAUAUAAAUGGUGACCGCUAGCGUUUCAUGUAAAAAUCGUCGCCGGGUUCCAUACAGUAAGUAGUGUGUGAGAGGCGGGCGAAAGCGAUCGAUAGAACGAGCGGCGCGGCGCUGCAGUCGGCGAACCGGCUGCCUGAUGCCGUCGCGGUCGACUCGCUUGUGCUAAGCCAGGAGCCGAGCGCCCGAGCCGCGCCGAGCGAGCGCCGCGCGCCGUGCGUCGCGUCCGCUGCCGCCACCGCACCGUCGCGACUCGCCGCCGCGGCGACACUUCGCCAGCGCCACUCCGGCACUCCGGCGAGCACUCGCGUCGCGAUUCGACGCGUGACGCGACCAUGCGCGGCGAUCGCGCCGCCCGCGACAACCGUCACAACAAGGAUCACGACAACCUAAAAUCGUCUCUCAAAAAAGGCAGUAAAUCAAAAAAGCACAGAGUAGUUUUUGACGAGAGCGCGAAUGAAUUUUUCGAAGCGGAUUACAUUAUUGUCGUACGCGAUGAGUGCGGGUAUUCAGAUGAAGGCGAGAGCGAGGAGUGCUCCGGUUGUGGGGCGUGCGAGCAGCGCUACCAGGAGCCAGAGCCCGGGGCGCUCAGCCCGCCGGAAGGGUACAAGGAUAUGGGGCUGUUUAAUAGGGACGGCACGCUGCGGGAGCAGGCGUGGUGGGAGACGGGCGACGUUCUGCUGGUGGGCGAGCGCUCGGGCACGGUGUUCACGCCGCAGCACCUGCAGCUACUGCGGCGGCUGCAGCGAGAGCGGAUGCUGCGCUCCACCAUCUGCGCGGACUGCGACGCACACGCCGCACUCCACCAGCCGCUCGAAAUGGAGUACGAGUAUGAGGAAGAAGAAGCGAACGAGGCCGACAAGGAGCUGCGGCCGGUGGUCCGGCGCACGGCCAAGCACAUAGCCGCCGGGGAGGAGCGCCCGAGAAUCAACUCCAGCCAGCAGACUACACCUACUGAAGAAUGCCCGCCAGAGUUGUUUAUAGACGAUAACCAAACAGAAUUGCCUUCUGCGCCUCUAACAAGCGAAGAAAGUGACACGGGGGACGCAGAAGGUCGCCAGUCAUCCGAGAACUCUCCUUCGAGGCAGCGGCGGGGGGGCAUUCUGAAAGGCGGGCGCCUCUGGAAAUCGCUCGACAACGACAAGGAUAUUAUUGAACAGAACGAUGAUCAGCGUUCAACUACAACGGCGAGCGAUGAGGACGGGUCCUUCACGCCGCGCUCAGUGCGUUUCGUUGAGAGACCCAAAGAGUCAAGUGAAGACGACCCUUCACAUAAGAGUGAACUCUCUGCUCGGACGUCCUUGUCUGAUAGUGAAACCAACAUUCAAAAAGACCAUUCAAAUAAUACACAGAGACUUGAAACUCCGCUGAUAGUUUCAACUCAAACGCCGAAGCCCAACUCAGCCGUGCAGCAACUUUUCAAUAGCAGUAGGCCGCCGCCUCCAGCCAUUGAGCCACAGUUGGUUACCUCGGAAACUCUAAGAGCUUGGGACGCCGGCGUGAGGCCAAAGACAGAGGAAGCAGCCGUUCGUCGGGUAGCCGAGAGGAAUGCCCUUCGGUGCUCCCUAUUGCGAAGCGAAGCGCGGAAGAAACAGCAACCCAAGCAAGAGACAACCUCAUUAGCCGAGAGAAUAAGACUCCUCACAUGCGAUGUGGAUGACGAGGGCGAAGAGCAGCGGGCGUCGCCGGCCGGUGCCGCGGCCGACAAGUACUGCAGCGGGAGCGACAAGUCCAGCGACAAGUCGUACAACAGCGUCGACCGGAAUAACGAGAAGGCGUUCGGCAGCGCGUCGUCGAGCUCCUCGUCGUCCACGCUGUCGGUGACGCCCGCUUCGGGCCGCCAACUACCCCCCGACUUGGGAGACGUUCAUCAGGAACCACAAAAGCCAAGGCCGGAGCCUCGAAGACAGUUUCUCUCGACACUAGCGCCACUAACGGCGUGCGUGGGGAGCGCGGCGCACCACGAGGGCUUCUAUUACGUGCCGCCCGGCGAGCGCACCUCAGCCUCCACCAACAUCGACCUGCAGGAGCACAGCGACGCGCCGGCGCCCGAUGUUGUCGCUGGGACCCCGGGUGCGGGUGACGGUGACGACGGUCUAGCAGCGUUCGCGCGCGCAGCUGGGCCGCGGACCGAGCGGUUGCGGCAGCGCUACGGCCACGAGUCACAGCCGGCCAGCAGCGACGAUGAACACGACGACUACGGGUUCCACCGUCGGCCGGCGGUCCGCGGCAUCGCCAUCAAGCAACAACUAGGAGCGUCCGAGGACAUCUUGCAGCAGAUGCAGAACGACUUGCAGCCGUCGCCCGGCGCCGCGCCCGCAUCCUCCACCCCCGCACCGGCCCACGCUUGCCAGCGCGCCAACUCCAACUACUCCUGGCCGUAUUACUCCGAAGCUAAUCUCAACUCGAGGCCUCAGAGCAGAGCUAGUGCUACAUCUAAUUGGUCGCAGAAGUCGUCUGAGUACGUGUCGGGCCGACAAUGCGGCAGCACGCCGGUGCCGCUCGGCGACGCGUGCUACGCGCCGGCGCUGGGCACCGCGUACGCGCACUACCAGCACCGCCCGCAGGACGCCGGCUACAAGAACUGCUCGCUCUACGCUAACAUCGGGUGUUCAGACAGCAGCCAAGAGCUGUACAGCUCGCAGACGAGCUCGGAGCAGACGUCGCCAGUGCGCGCGGCGCGUUUCCGCCGGCCGGAGUCGCCGCCCCCUAUCCGCAACCACCACCAGCUGCUCUACGUGCCCUACAGCAGCCACUACCACUACCAGCACCACGACUACACGGCGCACUGGACCGCCAACGACUACACGCGCAUGCACUCGUACUACCAGCAGCAGAGCCGCGGCGGCGCGAGCACGCCGCAGCCGACGCCGGCGCAGCCACAGCGCGCGCAGUACACGCACGCCUUGCAACUUCAGACGCUAAUCCCAGCCCCGGCGCGAUACAGGCCGGUACCGGCGCCGCAGCCCGGAGGCGGUAAACAGAUGAUAUGUUACUCGGAAAAGGUGGCAGCACCGCUGUACCAGCAGGCGCCGGGCUCGCCGUCGCGGGCCGCGCGCGGAGCCCCGGAGGGCGCGCCGGCGGGCCCGGCCGCGGCGGCCGCCACCUCGCCCAUGGCGCCGCCCUCUAACCCAGUCUACUACGCCAUGAAUGUCUGACGGGGGGACUAGGCGAGUACCUACUAUUAAUUCAAUUGUGACCUGCAUUCGCCAUUGACAUAUAUAUCUAAGGACGGGCCAUACGGGCACUAAGAAUGGUGCUAGUUCAGUGGUGUCACUCACGAGUUCGAGCCAAUCGUGCAGUCUAACGCAACUAGUUGCGACUAAUCUCGCGCGUGGUCCGAACUUAUCAACCAAUCGCGUUGCAGCGUUAGACUGCAUGAUUGGCUCGAAUUUUUGUGCGUGACACCGCUGUACUGGCCCCAGUCUUAUUGUCCGUAAGGCCCGUCCUUAGAUAUAGGUAUAUGUCAAUGCCAUUCACUGUAAAAAUAAACUUGUUUCGCUGGAUGCCGUUUUUAACCGACUUCAAGAUUUCAAAAGAGGAGGUUAUCAAUUCGGUUAUGUUUUUUUUUUUAUGUUUUAUACUCCAUAACUCCGUCAUUUCUGAACCGAUUUUGAAAAUAAUUUUUUUGGUUUGUAUUUAUAUAUAUACAGAUUGGUCCCGUUUUUGUCAAAACUCAGUUCUGAUGAUGGGAUCCAUGAGGAAUCGAGGGAACUCUUCAAAUGUGAAAGGCAUACAUAUAGUGAUUUUUGUAUUUUCUGUAACAAAUCAAGCAUUUACAUUUAAAAAAGUGACAUUUGAUGAAGUAGAACUGCUGAUGAUCAUCAGAAUGGAACUCUUCAACGACGCAUAGUACACGUUUGGCGAUUUCUCCUCUUCGUUGUGUUUGUUAAGUAAAUGAAAUUUUCAAAACAAAUUUUUGUCGAGUUCGAGUUCUGACGAUGGGGUCCAUGAGGAAUCGAGGGAACUCUUCAAAUUUGAAAGGCACACAUAUAGUGAUUUUUAUAUUUUCAUUAACAAAUCAAGUAUUUACAUUUGUAGAAGUGAGAUUUGAUGAAGUGGAACUGCUGAUGAUGAACAGAACGGAAAUCUUCAAUGAUGCAUAGUUCACGUUUGGCAAGUUGUUCUCUUUGCCAAGCAGUUAGAUUUUCGAGGCACAUUUUUAUAUUUCUAUCCUAUUUCGUUUUUUUAAUAAUUAUCUGGUGCUUUAUUUCAUGCAUGGUGUGAAAUAAUUUAUCUUAAAUACAGUCGAAUACCCUAUUGCGGGUAUCUUGCCAGUCAACCAUAGGGCAAAUCUGAAAUGUGUCAAGGUGGGUGCAGUGGCAAAAAAAAACAUGUUACCUCCUUUUUUACAUAAUUAGGCGUAGGACGCUGUCUUUUUAAUUUCAUUUCUAAAAUUAACAAUAAUCGUUCUUUCACCGCUCUCCGUCAUUGAAGUCGGUUUUUUUUGCUUAAAAAAUAUUAUUAUUUAUACAGCUGAAAUCAAAAUUGAUCCAAAAUCAAGUAUAAAAAGCUUUAUAAAAUUUUCAAUUUAAUUAAUUAUAAAGAUUUUGGUGAUAGAAACUGUAUAAUAAAAUACAUAUAUACUUUUAAUAUCGGUCACCUCAUUCUUAUAUGUACUAUUUUAGUAAGUACUUUGGAUAAUAUGUAAUGUUCAAUUAUUUAUUUUCAGGUGAAAAUUGUGGUAGGCCCUACAGGUGAAGUCCGAAUCAGCGUCCAGCCGCCGACAAAUUCUGUCGAAUCUGCCAAGAAAGUUUCCUACAGCACGGAUUGACCGUGAAAGGCCGUGCUUUCAUGCUUUGAGAGUAGCUCGGUCCGUGUCGGCCGUCCGUCUCCGGUACUCUUAGUUCUGAUACUCUUUACAGUGUUAAAUACUUACUAAUAGGUAUUUAGCACCGACGAAUUUGAACAAUUAUCACAGAAACAACAAAGAAAUCUAAUUUUUGGUAAAAAAGAACCAACGAACACGUACAAACUCGAAUUACUAACGCAGCCUAGGGUAGAUCUUCAACAAUGCCUGUUAUAUAAAAUAUUUUAAUUAUAGAUAAGCAUCGAUCGUUCACAAGGCCGACAAUAAUUUUUAGACUUAUAGCUCCAUACAUAAGAACUGACACUGCCACUAGUCAUCCAAAACAACGUACGUACAGUUUACAGCAAUAUUAAAACUGGAUGUUCACCGAUCGAUCCAAAUUCGGAUCGGCGCUCUAUGAUCGCUCUCGCUCUAGGAUCUGGGGUCUCCACUAAACGAUCCAAACGAGCGCGGCCCGUCCACAUCUACUGGGCAUUUGAAUAGCACUGGAGCGCGCCUGUGGAUUUGGUAUGUUCGAAAUAACCUAAGAAAAUAUGCCUAUGAUCAUCGAUGAUAUGUGUAGUAGUUAAAUUUUAAACGGUUAUUCCUUGAACCUUGAGGUCUUCUGAUAAACAUGCUAAAUGUCCCCAGUGUGUGAGGUUACGGUGGUGGAGUAAAAAGUACAGUAGGGCUCAAAAGUGCAUGGACAAGUAAUGAAUGAUAUCAUUCAUAAAUUGUCCAUGCAAAUUUGAACCAAGCACAUUGGACCAAGAUAUUGGACAAAUGGGACACCACCCUACGCAAUAGCGGUAAAUCAAGGCAGUGUGCUUACACCUUGAUUUGAUAAUAAUCGACAUAUUAGGUAAAUAAACACUUAGUCUUUAUUAUCAUACUGCAGAUGUUUCUAUUUGUUAAAUGAAUACAAUAUUUGAUUAUUCGUUGGGAGUAUAUGAUUAUUCUAGGUUUGAAGACACUUUUAAACGAAAACUACUUAUAAAAGCGGGAAAAGGGAUAGAUGAAGAGUAGGUACAGAACAUUUUCCCUAUGCAUAUCAGGCACCGCCACCGUACAUACACAUUAUAAGUAUAUUCUGAACUCUAGAGGAGAAACACGACGCAAUUCACUUAAUACUCAUAUAUAUGACCCAAAGAUAUAUUUCACUCUAUAUACUAAUGUAUGUCACGUGAAUUAUAUCAGACGUAAUAUUUAUAAGUACCAAAGAUUUAUUAAUUUUGUAUAAUGAGGAAUGUCUAAAAAUAUUUCGUGCUUCGAUUUUCACAGCUAAACGAGAUGGCGCGGUACAUCAUGUACAGUAACUUUGGUUGUCAAAAGUUGACGUUUGACAAUACACUGACUAGAAAACAUAUGGUGCAGUAUAGCGGCAUCUGUUUCGGCUAUCAAACUAGCGAGCACGUUUUAUCUUAGACUUUACCUCUCUAUUACAAUUAAUAACUCUUUGAAAGUACAGAUCAGCAAUUAAAACGUCUUGUGGUUCUUAGAAUCUUGAAUACUAGGGGUAGUCCCAGGUAUAGCAUUGGAUGAAGUGUGGCUGUAGUGGUAAAUUAAGUAUCUACUUGUUGUGUACUAAAUUCUCAUGUAAUAAAAUAAAACAUAGCAUAACGUGUAGUUGCCAGAGAGCAUGACACAGUUGUUCCUUCGUUCAAAAUGAGCUUUUCAAACCACGCAAACGCAAUCUACCCUAUCUUUCUAUCUACUCGUAUCUAAAUAUCUAUUACAAGAAAUUAAAAAUAAAUGUAACUUAGCUACCUAUCUCUUGAAAGAACGGCCGCAGCUGAUCUGAUUGCCUUACUUACUAAUUAAAUGAUGAUCAGAUUAUACAAUUGACAGAAGGUCGAGGUACUUUAGCCGAUCGCAAACUUACAUUUGCAGUUUGGGGCCAAUGUAAAUGUAUAGGGAUAACAGCAUAGCAAACGCUUCGUUUGUACCAUAACCCAGUUUAUCUGUUUAGAAACGCCUUAUAUUAUGUGUCCGUGAUCUCGAGAGAUGUGACUAGCAAUAUUAUAAUAAUAGGUACUUGUUUUUUUUUUUAUUAAAGUUUGCCAACAGGUGUAGUUCAAAUACAAUUGGACUUAAAUAAUAACCACAAAAAUCAUACCGGAGUAUUCACCCAAUAAUAGGCAAACACAACUUGCUAAUACUACGCGCUUACAUUUUGUAUUUAUGUUAAAAUUCUUAACCUUAGCCAAAACAAAACAAAAAAGCUACAAGCAUUAAGAUACAAGAAAGCAAAAUGAAAAGUAAAACAGAUGUAACUAUUCUAGAAUUAAGCUAUGAUAAACUACAACGACUCCAAAAAUACUACAAUUUCAUGUACCAACCUACUACAGACAGAGGUCGGUGCAUACAAUUGCAGGAAUUAAACAAAAUGGACAUAAAGGCGAAUUACAGUGGCCAUCCAGUUAAUUUGUCACAACAAUUAUUACUUUUUGACAUUUCAAUGUAAACAAUUAUUUCUAUUUUUAAUAAGUAUGUUUUAUGUGAAACUAAUUUUUUAAUUAAAGAACAGAAAUAAAAAAAUAUCGGUUAUAUACGUCUGCGCCAUACGUAAAAUUUAACGUGUUUGGCUUCUUAGCUUAUUAGUCUUUUUGCAGUUCAUGAAGAUAGCACAAUUUCUAACAAGAGCUGCACAAAUAAGUGGCCUUUGCAUUGUAUUUGUCAAGGAAAAAUACGAAAAUCAAUACUUUCGCUGAGUAAAUCUGACACCGCUCAUGAUAUAAAGUUUCUUCAUCGCUCUCCUAGCUUUAUCCCAGCAUUCUCCUACGGCUCAUAGGAAGGACCUGAGGUCUGCUCGGCAACAUAAUCCUAACAAUGAAAUAAGAAUAAGCAAUCGUUUUUACAGUACAUAUGUCACUACUUUACCGCACUAGUCGGUAAUUAGCACUUUGCGGGCCUAUACUGAAAAUUUAAAGGGUUAUAUAUUAUGUACUGUAAACGAGUUGCGAAUUACCUAUACGCACAUAAUGUACUAUUACGAAAGGGACGGCCAUCUAACCUCCCCGCCGAGAGAGGAAUAGGUCUAUUCGAUCUUUGCCACUACAGUCUAUGCUAUUAACAAGUAGAAAAAUACAAAUAUAGCAUCGUAAAAUGAGUGCCAAAAUAUUAAUUUCAGUAUUAUAAUAUAGUAUUAUAGUAAUGUAGACAAAACCGUGAAUUUUUGCCUCUCUUAACUAGAUAAUUAGAUAUAUUAAUCAGCACGUAAAUCUUAUGUUGUUUAAGUAAAACUGAAUAAACAGCGCUGAAUAAGGGUUUUUAUAAUGCGACUUUAUUAUCAAGACGGAAAAAGGCUUCGAUAUACAAAGAUUCCGUUUUGGUUUAGGUGAUUCAAAUGUCCUUAAAUCUAUUCAUUAUUUUAUAUCUUUAAGAUUACGUUCGAGAUGUCAUAAUUACGAUCUACCGAUAAUCACAGGUAUAUAAUAGGUAGUACCAAGUAGUACUGUGAAAACUAAGAUACGUGCCAGAUUUUUCAGUAACUACUUAAUACCUUAUAUUGUUACAUACAUAUUAUAUCCAAACAAUCUUUUAAAUCGGUUUCUUAAUUUCGAUAACCCGUGAACGGAAAUAAAAUACUGCUAAGAACAGGUUGACCUGUAGCUCUACUUAUUUCUUUAAGAUUUCCGCAGCCGGCCUAUAUUAUCAUAAUAUAAACUAUUGGGGGUAAAUAUAUUAUAUUAAGGAAAUUAAAAGUAUUACACCAUUGUUGAUCAUGAAAUGUUAUGUUACUUGUAUAUUAAUACGGGUCUUCGUUGUUCGGAUAAAUGUGUAGGGAAAACCUCGAUUUUCUACAUCAUAUAAUGUGGACAUUUGUGAAAUGUCGAGAGUAAUUAGGUCCCCUGUCAUAUUAGCAUACAUCAGGGUUUUUAGUGCGGGAAUGUUGUACACUAGCCAAAAAUUAGGGUAAAAACUAAUAUUAUUUUACAUUUCUAAGCACAAUUGGAGCUUAUUACCUAGUUUUAAUUCAUAGUUUAGUAAUUAUUUUACAAUAAACAAAGUUAUAAAUACAGGAAAUUAUUAGUCCGAGGCACGUCUACAGUGGCCGUUUUAUGUGCUACGGAAUUGCCUCGCUUAUUCCCUAUUCCCGCACCAAAAACCUCGAUGUAUCCAAAUUAGUAGGUACCUGUGUCUAAUUUCUUAUGGCUUAAAAGUCAAUCCUGAUAAUAUUUUAGAAUUUCGUUUCUAAAACUAAGCAUUUCUACAUAGAAAAUAAAAGAAUGUCUUUAUCAAAUAACAAAAAUUAAUAUACCUAUACAAACAUUAAAACAACGUCGCACAAGUGUAAGACCAAAAGGUAGACCAAGUUUUGAAAUUCUGCUGAAUUCAUGUAUAUACCUAAGAAAAAUAAUAUUUUUGUCUAUUCCGGAAAUUUGGGCCUCUGGUUAAAGCCCUGCAAUUAAAUUCUUCUUGCCUGACAUACCUACUGUGAUCUUGAACCUAAAGAUUGUAUUUAUAUUCCUCUACACGAUGCUGAUUCUCAUGAUUCUGCUAUUACGUCAUUCUUCCAAAGUGCAGGUUUUAUUACUUAAUUGUUUUCGGACGUAUACAAUUUAGCUGGUUAUCCAACAUUUACAAUAAUAUAGGUACAUAUUGACACAAAUUUGGCCGAAUCACACAAGAGUGUUGUCUAACGGGUGAUAACAAAAAAUAAGAAUGAUUUUCUGUAGACUUAUAAACAAAUCUACCUACAUAAACAAAAAAAUGCUAUUAAUAAAGUUUUUGCUAGUUCUUUUGAGAUUCUUGAAUUUCGAAUAUUUAUUUUUUCAAACAUUUGUUUUUGUUAGAAGUGGAGUCGAAACAAGAAACUCUGCGAAAACGUGUUGUACGUUUUAAAAAUUCUAACUUAAACAUGGGAAACGGGACACAGUGGGUCAUUUUAGUACAGAGAAUGUAGCAGUACCUACUAUAUAUAGAAAUAUUCCAUCCUUGACUAUAAAUCGCAAAAGUAGUAGUGGCUGGCCAGCGAAAAUAAUAACCAAGGCAAGCCUGAAUUGAUUCCAGCACUUUUAAUUAUAUAGCCAUCGAGAUGCCGCCAAAAAGUUUAAGUGUUACCAACCGUACAUUUGUCGAUCAUCAAAAAAGAUAGGUGCUAGAAGGGAAGCGCCCCGGCAUACACAGAUCAGUAAAAACCAACCAUUACAUAUAUCUCAGUGGUGUCGCGAUGACUCGAAAUUACAAAGGGAAAUCAUUCAGUUUCGAUGAUAAAAGUUAUUUUCCUUUUAUCAAAACUUAUAUACCUGGAAACGGUUGACACUAUACUACUCGUAGCAAUAAUUCUACAAUACCAGGCAAUAUCAAACACAAGUAUUAUGGACAAGUUUGAGCAGACAUACAUUACAAUUCUCGGACUCCAAUAACAUACCAUUUGUAUGUAAGAAAGUCCGAAUUACCACAAAGCUUCCACAAUGUCGGCUGAUUGAUAGUUAUUUUGGCUGUUUGAGUAGUUGAGUGUAUACGAAUAAUUGGAGAGCUGAAAACUGUGCCCAGCUAAUGAAAAUGACUAACACUUGUGUUCCGAAAAUGGACAAAAACGGUGUCCAAAGGUCUUAUUCGAACUUUAUAUCUAAACUACGUCAAAAAGCUGACCACGGGCCCUAUUCUAACGUCCAUUAAUUUUAUUGUAAAUAAUUAUCAUGUAUAUAUUGGCUAAUAAUAACAAAAAAAAGUUUUUAUCACAGCAGCUCUGAAAUAAUUCUCAUUUUUUGUUAUCACCCGUUAAUACAACGAUGAUACUUAAAUAAAGAUGACUAUCCUAAUCUGUCUUUUUACAAAUUUACUGUGGAAAUAAAAUAAUCGCUGAUAGGUAAUUAAUUUUUUUCAAGUCAGAAAGUUUAGUCAUGUCCGCCUUAGAAGGUCGUGGCAUUCCAUCGACAUCUCGUGUAGCUCGUAAUUUGACGCAUAUUGUGAAGAUUGAAACUUAUAUUCUGAUUUUACAGACCUCGAGUAUUACUUACAUAAUUUACAUUUGUUUAUAUUUGAUAUGCUUCACAGGUACUAAAUUAUUAGAUACCUACUGCUGUAGCUAAGCUCUUUUAAUCUGUUUUGUACAAAAGCUUACCAAAUAAUACCAUUAUUGAUUUGGACCGAAGCCAGAGGCCAGUAGUAAUGAUAAGUAGGUAGGUUAAAUUAAUAUAUUUUUUGUGCUUUCCAAGUAGAAAUUGGGAGGCAGCUGUAAAAACACAUUAGUUUAAUAGAAAAUACGAAAUAGAACAAAUCACACUUGUUUACUUCGAAUCGCAACUUCAGCUUUGUUCGAUGUUACCGGGAACAUAGCUUGCUCCAAUAAUUAUUGUUAGAAAAGGAAAUCUAAAAAAGGAAACUUACAUCAAAUUCUAGUCACUAUUUCAUAAGAAGAAAUACAGUUACCAAUAGGUUGUUUUAUCUUAUAUGUAGGUAGUUUUGUAUAUGGUCUGGAGGCUGGAAGAUCAGUAAAAAGCUGAUGCCAGGAGGCGCCACUUGCAACUGCUCAGCAAGCAAUGGCUAAGAACUAUCUUGAGUAGUGUUUAGUCGUACGAAAAUAUGACAAUAUUCCAAAAAAAUUGUUGCAGCUUUAUCGGAUUACUAAACUCGACGGUGUCUUAAAUCCAAGUGGGUGGGAAGAUGACCAUUCUAGGUAUGUUACGAUCUAUGUCAAUGACGUUUCUCUAUUGUUAAACUUCUCUUCUAUUUACAAUCACAAUAUUCCACGUACCACAUCUUGCUGAAGCGCAGGUUGUGAGCGUCAGGAUGGAGGGCGGACCUCAGUGAAUUUCAGCGAAAUAUUCAUAAAUAUAUUGUAACUUCUGUGUACCUCAGGGUACCUUUGGUAUCUCAAUAGAACAGAUCUUUAACGUUCAUUAAAAUUAAGUUCGCUCCCGGGGUGAAUGCACGAUUUGGUACGGUGUGAAAAAUAAAACUGUUUCCUAGCUCCAUAAUGAACAUAGUGUUGUUAAAAGACUAGUCUUGAAGACUUUGAAACCUUAAAGACUCGCAAACCAAGAAAUUAUUGAAAAAAAACCUUGAAGGUUCAAGCUUUGAAGACUUAAGCGUUGAAGGUUUGAGCUCAAAAACGGUUCAGAAUCUUAACGACUCAAGUUUUACGAGCUCUUAAGAGUAAGUUUUUAAGACUCGUACCUCAUAGAGAGCUCAAGCUUUAAAAACUCGGGCCUAUUGAAAGCUCAAGCCCCCCGAACCUCGAAGGCCUGAGUCGAGCGUUAAGAGCUCAAACAAUGAGCGUUCUAGGCAGAAAGUAUUAUAUAAUUUUUUUAAAGAAUAUUAAGCACGUAACAUGUUGCCACUUUGUAGUCAUGUCUGGGUGUAGUGAUUAACAGAUCGCAAAAAGACUGAUGUCACUCAUAAAAUUGAUCUGCAGUCGAAAUAAAUCUUUAACUUUAGUUUAGAGGUAUUGUUUAUCCACUCUAAUUGAUAUUACGAGUAUACAAACAAAAAUGCGAUAAAGUCCAAAUAUAUUUUUUUUUUUUCCCUAUUUCACAAAAAAUUAUAUAAUAUCCUCACGGGCACCCUAUAGGUAUAACUAUCAAAUAUGGCAUAGAUUGAUGUAAAUUUUUAGAAGCUUUUAAGACUUGAAUGCUCCAAACCUUAUAGACUUAAACCUUCAAAGCUUAGGAGGCUUUAAAGCUUGAGGCCUAAAGACUCGAGGUUUCUGUGAUCGUAAGCAGCAACGCGAACUUAUUAAUUUGAGGCUUAUACGGUCGAGGGUUUAAGGUUCAAGGCUUCUAGACUCAGCAGUCGCGAGUCUUGUAGUUUACGCCUUGAAGCCUAAAUUCACAACACAAAAUGAACAUUAUGAACAAAUACCGUUUAUAAAGUAUAAAUGAUUAAUCCUGCGGGGUGGCGUCACCAUGGUCGGUCACGUUAAAUUACAUUUAAUUUACUUAUACGUCAACAAUUAUUUUAAUCUAGAUAAUACAAUAAUAAUAUAUACACGGAACCCGCGAGGAAACGGAAAGAUUUUAACAGUAUAUUCCAAAACGUAAUUAGAGUCAAAAAUGUCAUAAACUUUUUUUUUAUUCGCCUAUUUUGAGAGUUGAUAACAAUUUAAAAAAAGGCGUUUGUUUUUACUGUGUUUCAGUGCAUAACGCCUUUUUGAUGGGCCCUAGUCUAGACGUCCUCAUUGGCAGAUAUCAAAUGGACACGGAACACUUUGAAUAAGAAUAAAUUUUAUUUUCAAUAAGACACAACAGAAUAUGUCAGGGGUCUCCGCACUAGGCUACACCUGUAUCACGGGGAACCAGUAACAAUUAAAAUUAUUAAAAUAAGGUAAGUACGUAUAGUAAGAUAAAAAACAUUCCUGCAAGGUAUGAACACUAAACUAACAGACUAGUUUUUACGAAUUUACGAAUAAUUUUCCAAGAAUAUGUACUUAUUAUGUAUAAAAAUAUACAAAAAGCAAAAAAAAAUAGGACUGAAUUGAUUUAAAUUUGUAUAAGAUUAUUUGAAUUAUUUCCUUCUUAUGACCUCAGUAGGGCUAAUAUAGUCGGCUCUUUAUCAUUUGUCACCACGCCUGUCACGUUCUAACAAGUAUAGAAGCGCAAAAGUGACGGGCAUAGUGACAAGUGAUAAAAAUGGAACCAUAAUACCGCCGCAGGAAUACAUGGGUCAAUUUUUUCCAUUUCCUCGCGGGCACCUUAUAUAUAUGCAUAUGUAAUUGUUGAAUUUCUAGUUCGAUGCCAAGUGAUUAAUUAAUGAUGCCUGAAAUUUUAGAAUAAAAAGUUGAAGUUUAUGGAUUUUGUUAAUCAACUUACAUACAUAUAGAUGUUACGUGAGUAUUUAUGUAAUGUAAGUUACUUACAAGAAUGGUAUUAUAUUAGGUAACAUGAUUUUCUUCGCCAAAGAUGCGAGACUGGUACUGCUUACAGAAUCUCAUGCCUCACGAUUCCGUUUGCAUAAUUAGUAAUAGGUAAAUAAUGUAUAUUUGUUAUUAAUAAAAAUAGGGUAGCGUUUGUAAGGUUAGUGGUAAUGUUACACCAAAAAAUGCAGUUUUUGUUGAAUUCAUAAGAAGAACGUUUUGUCAGAGUAUAUUUUGGAUUGAGGCUUCUGUUACAGCAAUGAACUCAUACAUGUUUGAGUAAUGAAGAUCCUUGCGUACGCUUGUGUAUAUAGCCAUAUUGUGCGAGGUGAUUAGAUUGUUCUGCGAUUUGGGGGUAUGUAUUUCCAUGAUAAAAGUUGUUCAGAAUGAUCUACACAUUCACCUCGCAAAAUUGGACUAUUGGUUCAUAAAUAAACAGUCUAAACCCUAUGGCAGACGUACCUGAAGUUGUAAACGAAAUUUUAGGAUAUUGUUGAUAACAUGUAACGUAAAUUAUUUGCGUUUGUGAACCCGUUAAUAAGAUAUUAUUAACAUGUAAAAAUUUUAAAAUUAGAAAAUAAUGGGUAAUGAUAUCUCGCUACCUUAAGUCAUGAGAACAGGGGCUGUUGUGAGUAGAAGUAUUGGAAAAACUUCAUAAGAGAACCAAUGUUCUGUAUUAUAUACAAAUCUCAAAGUUUAUAGUUUUAUCGUGUGUAAUUUUAUAUACUUACCUAAUAUCUGACAUAAGUAAUCACAUAAGGAAUGUGAUGAGAGAUAUAUAAAUCACAAGCUCUGGUGAUGUAUAACGUUGCUACGACUACAAAUGGGUGAAAUAAAUGAGCAUUAUCCAUUUAAAAAGUAACUUUCAAAAAGUUUAGUCUGGAUAGUGAGGGUGAGCAUCUAGCAGAGCUAUGAGGGGUUGUGAAAGGGUUCGAGAAUGCGGAGCGGCGCGAUGAUGCGUUCCAAAUAGUGUGUGUGUUGCUAUUGGUAUAAAAGUUUCUUCCGCACCACCGCUUCGUUACUUCGCUUAGCUGUGAGGAUUGCUCACCCUGCCUGCGCACGAGACCCGCUGAAUCCAGCCAAGUCGCUCGUCGGUCGGCCAGGCCAUUAGCGAUGCGACAAACGAUUCAUUGUUAAAGAUAAUAUUUUAGUAGAUCUCAUAUCUAAUUAUAGCGCUCUAAUUCGAUGUUCAGUGAUUAAGAAUUUUUCUCUAAAAUUUGAGUAUUAUUAGCAAAAAUUAUUACCUACGUGUUGUGAAAGAUCUACCUACAUAUAAAUUCAUUAAUUCACGAAAACCGAAUGACUCAUGAGUACCCUGUACCGGCAUUGCUUGUAUUAAAUAUAGCUUGAAUUUUUGUGUGAUGAACACGGAUAUUUGUUUCUGAGUCAUGGGUGUUUUCUAUGUAUGUAUUUAUAGUUAUAUUAUAUAUAUAUAUCGUUGUCUAGGUACCUACAACACAAGCCUCGUUGAGCUUACUGUGGGACUUAGUCAAUUUGUGUAUUAAUGUCUUAUCACAUUUAUUUAUUUAUAAAUACAAUACUUGCGAGUUAUUCAGAGUAGGUAAAUGACUUACUCAAGUUAAUGGUACUUGUAUAAGCUUCAUUCGGUAUGCAAAUAUGUGAAAUUAUAUGUUCGUGUCGAUGGUGGCAUACCUAGUUAGUGCCUACCUAAAAAUAAUUGGAUCCUGAUUAAAUUGAUUGUCAUACUUAAUGAGAGUUUCGUUCAUCCUAACUUAGUUGGUUUCAAUGCUGCUGAGCACAGGGGGCACGGCACAGGAUAGGUUAGGUCAUUUUCCCAAAAUCAUUAUUUCCUUGUAGCGUAAUUUCCAGUCGCAUUUUUUCCUAUUCUUAAUUUACACCAGACGUAUUUAUUCCUAACAUGAUUUUUCCAUUCGCAUAUUUUCCCAUUAGACAAUUUAACUAUUCUUAAUUUACACUAGACGUAUUUAUUCCUUGCAAAAUUGUCGGUGUUGGGAGUGUUGGGAUUGGGACGGGGAAAAUUUAAGGGUAGGUUAGGUUCGUUAGGUAUCUUCAAACGGCCGAAGGCCAAACGGCACAGAAUAGGAGCCCCGCGCAAGCGGGGCUCCGUCGAUAUUGCUAACUGUACGCAAUUUGGGUGAUUGUGGAUAAAUUGUCUAAUGGGAAAAUCUACGCAUGGAAAAAUCAUGCAAGGAAUAAAUACGUCUAGUGUAAAUUAAGAAUGGUUAAAUUGUCUAAUGGGAAAAUAUGCGAAUGGAAAAAUCAUGUUAGGAAUAAAUACGUCUGGUGUAAAUUAAGAAUAGGAAAAAAUGCGACUGGAAAUUACGCUACAAGGAAAUAAUGAUUUUGGGAAAAUGACCUAACCAGUCCGGCACAGGUAUAAGACUAACUGAUAAUACAUGUGGGUGUGCCUAAAGUAGACAAGUAAUAGCAUGGCUUAGGAUAUUUUUAAAAGUUUCUACCUAUAGUAUGAAAUAAAGGAUCCUACGAUGCAGUGGAUGGUGCUACAAAUGUUAUUUUAUUUGUACUUGUACCGUACCCAUGCAACACUGAAAGGUGUUUUUGAAACAUUUUCUUUUUCUAAUGCUCUUAUUAAUACGAUGUGCACUCGGGGUGUGUUUCACGUUUUACAACGAAUGGUGUAUUAUUGGUCGAUUAUAACGAUCGAGGCAUAUAAUUUAUAAGACAUAUACAUACUAAUGACGUAUUCUUAUCAGAUAUAUCUUUACUGACGACCGGUUUGGCCUAGUGGGUAGUGACCCUGCUUACGAAGCUGAUGGUCCCGGGUUCAAAUCCUGGUAAGGGCAUUUAUUCGUGUGAUGAGCAUGGAUAUUUGUUCCUGAGUCAUGGGUGUUUUCUAUGUAUUUAAGUAUUUAUAAAUAUUUAUAUAUUAUAUAUAUCGUUGUCUAGGUACCCUCAACACAAGUCAUAUUGAGCUUACUGUGGGACUUAGUAUAUAAUAAUAUUUAUAUUUAUAUCUCUCAUAGAAUAUAACAGGUAUUUGAUAUAAUAUCUUUCAACAUAAUGCCAAGCAAGUAUGAUGCACAUGCUUUAUAAUAAGGUAUAACAUUCAUUGGCUAUUAUGUAUUAUAGACAUAUUUGUUGGAGCAUCGUAUCAAGUAUGGUACCGAUAGAUAGGUUAAAAAAUAGAGGUAUCCCCUUGUCUAAAGAGGAAGGCGGCUCGGGGGGUAUAACAAAGAAGAGCAAGUACAACCGCUAUUUUAGGUUGAGUCAGAUUAGGUUACCAACUUUGCCCCUCAGAAAAUAGAAGUCCCGCAAAGCGGGGCUUCGUCUACUAGUCGUCAAGUCGUAUUUGCUAUAGUAAUAACAUAACAAAUAUUAUGAUACCUAAAUUUAAGCUGUAAGCAUAAAUUUCAUUGUAAGGAUUGAACCUAAUAUAAAUUCACACACGAGAAAAUUUAUUUUUUUAUUCUUAAUUAUACCAUUAUAAAAUUAUUCCCCUUGUUGAUAAACAUAUUGUUGAUUAUAUUACCUUAGUGAUAUAUCUUUCAAAAUUAUACCAUGUGUUCUUAUACUCGUAUCGAAUGAAAAUAUAUCAUUUAUUGUUUUAGUGAUCAUUACACACCCGUGCAAUCAACCAUCAAAAUAUAGCCGUGAUAAGUAUUAUCAGUUAGGUUCUAUUACCUACCAUUAACAUUUCAUUUUCGUUAGUAUAAUCGUACCUAUCAGAUUGAGGUACAUAAGAGGGACUGAUUUGGCGUGAAGGUAGGUACAGUAGGUAAAUAUUUACUUGUAGGUGAUCCCGAUCUUAGUAUAUAAACUAAGAUUGUCCUUAUGCCAAAUUUUACGUUGUAAUAGUUUUAUGAGAAAACGUGCAUAUUUAGCAAUUGUUUACUGUUUUUCGUUCUAAAUAAUAUUGCUAUAGGUAUAUUGCGCAUAUAUAAUUAUGUAAAAUGUUAUUACUAAUUACUUAAUUGUUUUAUAUGCUAUUUAAAUUGAAUAAUAAAUAUUGUCUUGGUAUGCAAUGCCGGUAAAACUUAGUUUAUUAUGUUAAAGACUUCUAAUUAAAAAUUUGUUCGAGAUAUAGAUAGGUAUUUAGUACAUAAAUUUUAAAAAAACAGCAGAUGUAUAAUGAGUGUUAGGGCAAAAAUUUCGCCAAAAGUUUUGAACUACCCGUGUACAAAAUUGUAUUUGUAGAUCGGUACACAAUAAAAAAAUAAUUGAA